CAGGUUGCUUAUAGAAGUCGGUGGGAUUUCCUUUCUGGAAUAAAGGAUAUUUUUAUGUUUCUUCUUAGUGCUCCAAUAUUACCCUCUGCUAAAAAAUAAAAAUAAGACUACAACAACACUAUUCUGUCCUCGGGACAGCAGCUUUGAAAACAGUUCCAUCACAUCAUGUAUGAGAGUAAAACGAGAAACAUGUUUUUAACCCGAGCACUGGAGAAGAUUUUAGCCGAUAAGGAGGUGAAAAAAGCUCACCAUUCCCAGUUGCGCAAAGCCUGUGAGGUGGCACUAGAGGAAAUUAAAGAAGAAACAGAGAAGCGGAGUCCCCCUCCUGGAGACGACAACACUGAUUCCAGUGCUCUACCACCGGUCAAGUCCAAGGAUACCGUCAUAGAAGCAGACAAGUACUUCCUGCCGUUUGAGUUAGCCUGCCAGUCCAAAUGUCCUCGCAUUGUCAUCACAUCUCUAGAUUGUUUACAGAAACUCAUUGCUUAUGGCCACCUCACUGGAAACGCACCAGACAACACCACACCUGGUAAGAGGUUGAUCGAUAGAAUCAUCGAGACGAUAUGUGGCUGCUUUCAAGGCCCUCAGACAGACGAAGGUAUUCAGCUGCAAAUUAUAAAGGCUCUGCUGACAUCGGUGACCUCUCAACACAUCGAAAUCCACGAGGGCACAGUGCUGCAGGCGGUCAGGACUUGCUACAACAUAUACCUGGCCAGCAAGAACCUCAUCAACCAGACCACGGCCAAGGCCACCCUCACACAGAUGCUCAAUGUCAUCUUUGCACGAAUGGAGAACCAAGCACAUUCAAAUCACAGGAUACGUUGGUCUGGGUCGUCCAGAAAGCAAGUGCGUCAGCUCCAGGAGGCCAGACAGAUGGAGAAGGAGCGUCUGAGACAGCAGCAGUCACCAGUCAGCCAACAGGGGCAGGAGCCUCCUGCAUCGCCCCGACAGGACCAGGAGCCUCCUGCAUCGCCCCGCCAGAACCAGGAGCCCCCUGCCUUGCCCCAGCAGAAACCUCCUGCCUCUCCUCAUCUGGAGCCCCCUGCCUCCCCUAAACAGGAGCAGCACACCGCCUCACCCCCACCUCAGGAGGAGGCCACCAAGGUGCCUGAGCAGAACACUCGUGAGGACCUGGAGCCUGAGAAAGGCUCUGUGUUCUGCAGUGCUGAGAACGAGCAGACUGAGGCGGACCAGGCUACUGCAGCUGCUGCACAGGGUUUGUCACAACAAGAUGCUGAGGGGAUUGUUGAGGAAGAACCAGUCAACUAUGAGGAGCAGGCUCAAGAGAUGGUCCAGACCAUUCUGCAGGAAGUUGUCAAUACAGUUGUUGGAGAAUGCAGGGAGAGUGUGUGCAGCGCUACAGAGUGUGCAGACGAUACGGCAGUCGUGGUGGAGGAGGAGGGCGGGCUGGGCAGGGACACAGAGAACGUCCAUGCCAACGGUAUCCCUGGCACGCCCAUAUCUACCGGCUUCACCCCCUCACUGACGGAUGACAGGAUCUCUGUCUCCUCUAACGACACUCAGGAAUCUGGAGCUACGAGCGGUUCGUCUCCUGUUGCUAAGUUCUCCCAUAUCCUCCAGAAGGAUGCCUUUCUAGUUCUCCGCUCUCUCUGUAAACUGUCUAUGAAGCCACUGUCUGAUGGACCUCCUGAUCCUAAAUCUCACGAGCUACGCUCCAAGGUGCUGUCCCUCCAGCUGCUCCUGUCCAUCCUGCAGAACGCGGGGCCCAUCUUCAAGACCAACGAGAUGUUCAUCAACGCCAUCAAGCAGUACCUGUGUGUGGCGCUGUCCAAGAACGGCGUCUCCUCUGUCCCCGAGGUCUUCGAGCUCUCGCUCUCCAUCUUCCUCACCCUCCUCUCCCACUUCAAGACUCACCUCAAGAUGCAAAUCGAGGUGUUUUUCAAGGAGAUCUUCCUCUACAUUCUGGAGACGUCCACCAGCUCCUAUGAUCAUAAAUGGAUGGUGAUCCAGAGCCUCACCAAGAUCUGUGCAGACGCCCAGAGUGUGGUGGAUAUCUAUGUCAACUACGACUGUGACCUGAAUGCUGCUAAUAUAUUUGAGAGGCUGGUCAAUUACCUAUCAAAGAUAGCACAGGGUAGAGUGGGGCAUGAGCUUGGCACCACACCUUCUCAGGAGCUGAGCUUGAGGAAAAAGGGUCUGGAGUGUCUGGUGUCCAUCCUCAAGUGUAUGGUGGAGUGGAGCAAUGAUCAGUAUGUGAACCCUAACUCUCAGACCAGUCUAGGCCAGGAAAAGCAUGUGGAUCAGGAGCCCAGUGAGAGCACCAAGCCCCCAGAGAGUAUCAACCACUACGGCAGCCUAAACUCUCUGGACUCCACCGCCUCCUCAGGCAUCGGCUCCUACAGCACCCUCAUGUCAGGAACGGACAACGCAGAGCAGUUCGAGGUCCUCAAGCAGCAGAAAGAGAUCAUCGAGCAAGGCAUUGACCUGUUCAACAAGAAGCCAAAGAGGGGCAUCCAGUACCUGCAGGAGCAAGGGAUGCUGGGUACCACACCAGAGGACCUAGCCCAGUUCCUGCACCAGGAGGAGAGGCUAGACUCUACUCAGGUUGGUGAGUUCAUCGGGGAUAACGAGCGCAUUAAUAAAGAGGUGAUGUACGCCUACGUUGACCAGAUGGAUUUCCAAGGCAAGGACUUUGUCUCGGCUCUGCGUCUGUUCCUGGAGGGCUUCCGUCUGCCCGGAGAGGCCCAGAAGAUAGAUCGGCUCAUGGAAAAAUUUGCGGCCAGAUAUUUAGAAUGUAACCAAGGGCAAACUGAGUUCGCCAGUGCAGAUACAGCCUACGUCCUGGCUUAUUCAAUCAUUAUGCUGACAACAGACCUUCACAGUCCACAAGUGAAGAAUAAAAUGACUAAAGAGCAAUACAUCAAGAUGAACCGAGGAAUCAAUGACAGCAAAGAUUUACCUGAGGAGUACCUGUCAGCCAUUUACGAUGAAAUCGCAGGGAAGAAAAUAGCCAUGAAUGAAACCAAAAAAUUAACCCUCAAAUCCAGCAAACAAAGUGUGGCCAGUGAGAAGCAGCGGCGUCUGCUGUAUAACGUAGAGAUGGAGCAGAUGGCUAAGACAGCCAAGGCCCUGAUGGAGGCAGUCAGCCACGUCCAGGCUCCCUUCACCAGCGCCACGCACCUAGACCACGUCAGGCCCAUGUUCAAGUUGGCAUGGACCCCGUUCUUAGCAGCGUUCAGUGUGGGUCUUCAGGACUGUGAUGACACUGGGGUAGCCUCUCUGUGUCUGGAGGGGAUCCGCUGUGCCAUCAGGAUAGCCUGCAUCUUCACCAUCCAACUGGAGCGUGAUGCGUACGUCCAGGCCCUGGCGCGGUUCACCCUGCUCACAGCCAGCUCUGGUAUCUCUGAGAUGAAGCAGAAGAACAUUGACACCAUCAAGACUCUCAUCACCGUUGCCCACACUGAUGGAAACUACCUGGGCAACUCCUGGCAUGAGAUCCUGAAGUGUAUCAGUCAGUUGGAGCUGGCCCAGCUAAUCGGGACAGGGGUGAAGGCUCGCUACCUCUCAGGGACGGUCCCAGCCAAAGGGGGCCUCCUGGCCAGCCUGAGAGAGCAGGCCUCAGACAGCUCAGAGUACCUGGGACUGGUUGGAGGUAAUGUGGACCGUAAACAAAUAGCCAGUAUUCAGGAGUCCAUUGGAGAGGCAAGCUCCCAGAGUGUAGUCGUUGCUGUUGACAGGAUAUUUACUGGUUCUACCAGACUUGAUGGCAAUGCAAUAGUUGAUUUUGUCCGGUGGUUGUGUGCUGUAUCAAUGGACGAGCUUGCCUCACCAACACAUCCGCGUAUGUUUAGCCUUCAGAAGAUUGUGGAGAUUUCCUACUACAACAUGGGCCGCAUCAGGCUUCAAUGGUCUAGAAUUUGGGAAGUCAUCGGGGACCAUUUUAACAAGGUUGGAUGUAACUCCAACGAGGAUGUGGCUAUAUUUGCUGUUGACUCCCUGAGGCAGCUGUCUAUGAAAUUCUUAGAAAAAGGAGAGCUCGCAAACUUCCGAUUCCAGAAGGAUUUCUUGAGGCCUUUUGAACAUAUCAUGAAAAAGAACAGGUCUCCUACCAUUCGAGACAUGGUGGUGAGGUGUAUAGCUCAGAUGGUGAACUCCCAGGCUGGGAACAUCCGGUCGGGGUGGAAGAACAUCUUCUCAGUGUUCCACCUGGCAGCCUCGGACCAGGACGGGAGCAUCGUAGAGCUUGCCUUCCAAACCACCGGCUACAUCGUCACUAACGUAUUUGAGAAGCACUUCCCGGCCACCAUUGACUCUUUCCAGGAUGCUGUGAAGUGUCUGUCUGAGUUUGCCUGCAACGCCUCCUUCCCUGACACCAGCAUGGAGGCCAUCCGCCUCAUACGCCACUGUGCCAAAUAUGUGUCUGAGAGGCCACAGGCCUUCAAAGACUACACCAGCGAUGACAUGAAUGUAGGCCCGGAGGACCGGGUGUGGGUGCGAGGAUGGUUCCCCAUCCUGUUUGAGCUCUCCUGCAUCAUCAACCGGUGUAAACUGGACGUCAGGACCAGGGGCUUGACUGUGAUGUUUGAGGUGAUGAAGACCUACGGUCACACCUACAAGAAACACUGGUGGCAGGAUCUGUUCAGGAUCAUCUUUAGGAUCUUUGACAACAUGAAACUUCCAGAGCAGCAAACUGAGAAAGCUGAAUGGAUGACCACCACCUGUAACCAUGCACUUUACGCCAUCUGUGAUGUCUUCACUCAGUACUUUGAGCCUCUCAGCGAUAUUCUCCUGGAUGAUAUCCUGUCCCAACUGUACUGGUGUGUGCAACAAGACAACGAGCAGCUGGCGCGCUCAGGGACCAACUGUCUGGAAAAUGUGGUCAUUCUGAACGGGGAGAAGUUCAGCCCAGAGAUAUGGGACAAAACCUGCAACUGUAUGCUGGACAUCUUCAAAACAACCAUCCCUCAUGCGUUACUGACGUGGAGACCAGCAAGAGCAGAGGGGGAGCUGAUGUCACAGUACGACCUCUCAAACCUGGACUCCAUAUCCCAGAAGUCAGUGGACAUUCAGACUCGUACGGAGGACCAGCAGUCAGUGUGCAGUGUGGACAGGAUCUCCCUGGAGAACCAGAGGCAGAGGACGUACAGCGGCUCCUCGGGCACAUAUGAGGAUGGCCCCAGAGCUAGGAACCCAGCCAAGGUGCAGGAGCAGAGGUUAUUCUCAGCGCUGCUCAUUAAGUGUGUUGUGCAGCUGGAGUUGAUCCAGACGAUAGACAACAUGGUCUUCUUCCCCGCCACCAGCAGGAAGGAGGACGCAGAGAACCUGGCUGCUGCACAGAGAGACACAGUAGAUGCAGAUGUCCAGUUGGAGGCCCAGGACCAGGGAAUGUACCACUAUCUGACCUCGGAUCAGCUCUUCAAACUGCUAGACUGUCUGCUGGAGUCCCACUGCUUCGCCAAGGCCUUUAACUCCAACAACGAGCAGAGGACUGUCCUGUGGAAGGCAGGUUUCAAGGGGAAGUCCAAACCCAACCUGUUGAAGCAGGAGACCAACAGUCUGGCCUGUGGCCUCCGCAUCCUGUUCCGCAUGUACACAGACGACAGCCGCAAGGCAGCCUGGGAGGAGGUGCAGAGACGACUGCUCAAUGUGUGUGGGGAGGCCCUGGCCUACUUCCUCACUCUGACGUCAGAGAGCCACCGAGAAGCCUGGACCAAUCUCCUCCUCCUCUUCCUCACCAAGGUCGUAAAGAUCAGCGAUGACAGGUUCAAGGCCCAUGCAUCCAGGUACUACCCGCUUCUCUGUGAGAUCAUGCAGUUUGACCUGAUUCCAGAACUCCGGGCCGUGCUACGUAAGUUCUUUCUCCGCAUCGGCAACGCCUUCGACAUCUCACUGCUGCCUAGUCACCGAGAGGAGCAAGGGCCUGCUGGGAGCCAGUGACAUCAUCACUAGUGGACCAGCACAGGACACAGGCUGCUCAGUCUCUCUCUGGGGUGGGUGAGGGGAAGGAUGCAUCCCAAAUGGCACCCUUUUCCUUGUGUAAUGCACUACUUUUGACCAGGACUCAUAGGGCUCUGGUCAAAAGUAUUGCACUAUAUAGGGAAUAGGGUGCCAUUUGGGACACAGACGAAGAGGUGGAACCCUCUGUUACUGUGAACUCUGCCCCAGUGAGGGCCACAAGGGAUUCUUAAAGUGGACUGCAGUUAGCUGGAAGUGGUGGAUCCUGCAGAAUGGUACUGGAAGCUCCUUCAUGGAUCCUCCAGGCUGCACACAGUGAUGUUCCUGUCUGAGAUUAACUAUUGACAGUAGUGUGGUGAGUGGGGCCCACAAAAGCACUGAAUGAAUGGCUUCCUUGUACAGCAUAGAAAUACUCCACAAGAUCAUACAGAUGGUUAUAAAGGUGCAAUUAUUCUGGUCAUUUCUCCCCCUCUGACCAGAGGGCUAACUAACAUUAUGGAGGGUGUGAUGUGUGCUUUUUGGUAUCUCUUGGCAUUCUUUUAUGGAACAGAGGUAUGAAAUUGUUAGUGAAAAGGAUGAGUAACGUUAGCAGUGAUUUUCUUUUGCACAGCCAUUAGGUACCAAACAGCAGCCCUCAAACUAGACAAUUAAAGUAGCUUUGUAGUAUUGUAAUAUACUAAGGCUGUGUUUACAGACCAGACAGCCCAAUUCUGAUAUUUUUUCCACUAAUUGGUCUUUUCACCAAUCACAAUCAGAUCAAUUAGUGUAAAAAAGAUCAGAAUCAGGCUGCCGGUGUAAACGCAGUCUAAAACCUGUCAUUUGUGUUUUCUUUUGAAAUCUAACAGCACUUGUCAUUUCAUAAGCGCACUGGCAUUUUCUCACUACAACUUAUCCUUACCAUGACACUAAUGUAUGAAAACGAGUAAAUGUUAUUCCAUUCUGUA